AGCAAGAUGGCGGCGCCCAUGAAGCAGGGUCGACUCUCACUCAUUCGCCUCCCAGUCUCUCUCUGUGUUUGUUAUUAAUUUCUCGAUGUUUCUGCGGCCUCGGCCUCGGCCUCGGGCUCUACCCCGCCUCCCCCCCGGCCUCUCCGCCUGGAUCAGCGACGGCGCCAGCAGCCCCGCCCGCGACCGGGCCGGCAAGGAGAGGCGGCGGGGACAGCGGCUGGAGGCGAUCGAGGCCCGGGCCCGGGGAGGCAAAGAGGCUGGACAGGGACAGUCAUGGUCUGAGCCUGAACCAAUUCCUUACCUGGUGCCAACGCUCCCUGGAGAGAAGAAAGAUACCUCUGGGCCCUUGCCCGACUCCUACAGCCCGCGUUAUGUGGAGGCAGCCUGGUAUUCCUGGUGGGAGCGUCAAGGCUUCUUCAGGCCCGAGUAUCACGAACACUUGGCUCACCGUGAGGAGACCACCUUCUCCCUGUGUAUCCCCCCACCCAAUGUAACUGGCUCCCUACACCUGGGUCACGCACUGACUGUCGCAAUUCAGGAUGCCCUGGUUCGAUGGCGGCGAAUGCGGGGCUCAAAGGUCCUCUGGAUUCCUGGAUGUGACCAUGCGGGAAUCGCCACUCAGGCCCUCGAACAGGAGAAGCUGAGAUUCGUCCCCAGUUCCCUCCACAAGACCUGGCACAGCUGGCUCUCCAACAUCAGUGAUUGGUGCGUCUCCCGGCAGCUCUGGUGGGGCCAUCGGAUUCCAGCCUAUCGCGUGGCAUGGCCCGGCUCCUCUGACCUGCAAGUGAAGGACCGUUGGCAGGGUGAGGCGCAGGAACUCUGGGCCAUCGGCAGGACAGAGGGGGAGGCUCGCAGGAACGCAGCCAAUCAGCACGGAGUAAAGGAGAGCGAGGUCACCCUGACACAAGAUGACGACGUCCUGGACACGUGGUUUUCCUCAGCUCUGUUCCCGUUUGCCGCGAUGGGAUGGCCACGCGAGACGCCGGAUUUGAGGAAUUUCUACCCUAACUCGCUGCUGGAGACGGGGAGUGACCUGAUCUUUUUCUGGGUGGCAAGGAUGGUCAUGCUGGGGCAGGAACUGACAGGAGAGCUGCCUUUCCCACAGGUCCUGUUCCACUCCAUGGUGCGGGAUUCCCACAGCCGCAAGAUGAGCAAGUCGCUGGGCAACGUGAUCGACCCGCUCAACGUCAUCACCGGGGUCUCCCUGCAGGCUCUCCACGAGAAGCUGCAGGAAGGCAACCUGGAUCCUCGGGAAUACCGCGUCGCCCGGGAGGGACAGAAACGGGAUUUUCCACACGGGAUCCCAGAAUGCGGCACGGAUGCUCUCCGAUUCUCCCUGUGUUCCUACAAGUCUCAGGGAGAGGACAUCAAUGUGGAUGUGUCAGCGUUUGUGAGCGCGCGUCGGUUUUGCAACAAGAUCUGGAACGCGGUGAAGUUCACGUUGUCUGCCCUGCCCGCGGGUUUCGAACCACUGCCAGUGGAGACGGUGAGACCGGAUGCUGCCAUUGACCGGUGGAUCCUGAGCCGCCUCCUCAACGCGGUUUCUGCCUGUGACCGUGGAUUCCAGGAAUACAACCUACAGGCAGUAACCUCCACCAUCCACCGCUACUGGCUGCAUGAACUGUGUGACGUUUACCUGGAGUGUGUGAAGCCCGUGUUGCAGUGCGGGGAGCCCACUCACCGGGAGACGGUCCGGCAGAUCCUGUACGUGUGUGUGGAGCAGGCCCUGCUGCUGAUCUCCCCGUUGAUGCCGUACCUGAGCGAGGAGCUGUGGCAGAGAUUACCGCACCGUCACCGGGCCCGGCAGCCCAGCGUCUGCGUCAGCCGCUACCCAACCCCCAGCCAGCUGCCGGAAUGGCGGGAUCCCGGAGCGGAGUCGGACUUUGUGCUCGCUCAGGAGGUGGUGCGAGCGGUGAGGGCGCUGCGUGCAGAGUACCACCUGACCACAGCGCGCCCGCAACUGUACGUCUCCUGUGAGGCCGGCGUGCGGGCCCGGCUGGCUCCCUUCCUGGGCCCCCUCCGGACGCUGUCCCGCUCGGGUCCGGUGCAGCUGCUGAUCCCCCGAGAGGCCGUCCCAGCCGGCUGUGCGGUCUCUGUGGUUAGCCAGCACUGCCAGGUCCACCUGCUGCUGAAGGGCCUUAUCGAUCCCGGGAAGGAGCUGGCGAAGCUGUUGGCCAGACAGAGACAGAUCGGGGAGCAGCUGUCUGCCGCCAUCACCAGAACGCAGAUCCCUGGCUAUGAAGAGAAGGUUCCGGAGAGGAUCCGAGAGGGUCACACCCAGAAGGUCCGCUGUCUGAGGGCUGAGCUGGAGCGAGUGCUGCAGGCCGUCGACAAUCUCCAGAGUCUUCGGAAAACCCAUGGUGACGUAGCGUGAGGGGGCGCGUAACCCGGGAAUGCAUCAUCGGACAGGCCGAAGCCUCCACUCGCCCAGCCCUGCCUGCUGGGCCCCAUCCUCUCUCUCUCUCUAACACCGGCCCUGGGGAGGUGGGAUGGGGAAAGGGAGCAACUGUGAAGCCAGGCCGUGGUCUGCAACUGCCCCCCCCCCAGACUGGGGCUGAGCCGUCAGCAGGAUUUGGCGCCCAGGCCCUGGGAAGGCCGAAGGUCUCGGGACUGGAACAGCCCCCGCUGUGAAUAAAAGAUUUUCAGACAUGGUUCCUGCA